ACCGUCCACACUGCUCCGCUGCACCGGGCUCCGUGGGCUUGUCGAAAGCGGCCGACCGGCGCUCGGAGAACACGGCGUCGUCAUUUUAAAAUGGCGCCAAAGCUUAACCUCGACCAGUGGCUCGCUGGCGUCGUCUGCUGCUGCCAGCCACUUAGCAUUAGCGGCCGCUCUUAGCCACACAUUCGCAACAACUCCCAGUAAAGACGAGCCACGCGUCCGAACCAAACUAUCAAGUCGAACAGUUCGACGCAUACCGAGCUGGAACUUCGAUACAAACAAAAUCAGCCGUUGAAGUUGAAUUGAAUGCGAGCAACCAAUGAACAUGUUAGCACGAGUUGCUAACCCGUUCGGAACGUCGCCAACCGGCGGACUUUUUGAAAAGUACUCGAAACCAUCGCUCCUCAACUAUUGUCAUUUUCUUGUUCUUGGCAAGUCGCGACCCACUUUUCCAGACCUUAAGAACUAUAAAGAACAUUUUGAAUUGUUCAGGAGCCUUUGAGAACAUAAGGUAUAUCAAUAUUCAACGUUCACUUGAAAAGUGCUUCUCAUUAAGAAACUGAAGAUCUUGGCAUUUCUCUCUUCUUUUUGGGAAAGUAGUUAAGUCUUGUUUUUUUAGGAGAUCGGGGAUGCAGACCAAAGCUAACAGUUUGAGUUGUGAUGCGAUUAAAAACAACAACAACAACAACAACAACAAAAACAACUAUCACCACCUGUCUGCGUUAUGUAACGUAGCAACCUGCUAACAGGUUACUUCAUCGCUCUUAUUUAUCCAGGAAUUGUCCCAUUGCGAUACAAGCGCUCGUCUUCCGGGGAGUCCCAUAGGUUUUUGUCCUUAAAUGGUGUGGGUGAUUUCACAGGGCUCAUGUCUAGUAAACGCCAUAAUUUAAUUCAAUGUAAUCGCGGAAAAGGGAGUACAAACAAUAAGACGACAACAUGAUGGAAUAUUCCACUGGAGGCGCCGGCUGGUGGCCGGGCCCUCAUGUUUUGCAACGACAUUGACAGGUUAGCAUCAAGGCUAAUGCUAACCUCUCAACGCGGCGUCAAAGCGACCUCGUUUUUCUCAAAAAUAUAAAACAAAAAAUAAAAGCGUUUUUCGUGUCCGUAGCAUUCAAGCUAACUGCUACUUUGUGCUUGUGUAUGCGCUCAAAGUUACGGCGUCGCUAGCCGCUGUUAGCUUAGUAGAAGCUCCAGUUCUAUGCUGCUGCUGCUACGUUUUCCCUACGUUUCAACCGUCACGCCUUAAACUAUUAUAGGAUAUUCCCUUAGUUUUCCACUUGCAAGUCCCCCUUUAUGCUGCUGUUCACGCUUCAAGUGUUGUGUACAUUUAACCUUAGUGGUUGCUACCUGUUGUGAGCUAACGCCUUUUGAACAGUUGGCGUCAUUUCCCGAAAAGUUUGUCGGCUUAGCGUGGCGGCCCAACACUCAAAAUCAUCAUUUGAAAUCGUUUUUUUUUUUUUUUUUUGUCGUGUGCGUGAUGUGAGCCGACAUGUCGUCUUAUACACAGAAAGCAACUCUUUCUCUCACAGCCUCAGAGGACGCGUUCGUUCACCGGCUAACCGCCUAGCUACAGCAGUUCUAGUGUUGUGCCACACAAACAACACCGGUGAACUCGUAUUACUUGCGUGGUGAAGCUGGAGCUCCUCAGACGCGCCACCAUGAAGAGAAGUCGACACCCCAGCAGCAGCGACGAGUCCGACAAUGCCAGCAAUUCCACCUGCUGGUCCCAGAAUUCUUCUCAGGCCAGGAGAGGACGCAGACAGAAACCUUCUGAGGUCUUCAGGACGGACCUGAUCACCGCCAUGAAGGUGCACGACUCGUACCAGCUCAACCCGGAGGAUUACUACGUCCUGGCCGACCCGUGGCGGCAGGAGUGGGAAAAGGGCGUCCAGGUGCCCGUCAGCCCGCAGUCCAUCCCGGAGCCCGUGGCUCGGGCGCUAACAGAGAAAAGCAAGGAGGUCACGUUCGUCAGACCCAAGAAGCUGAUCCGCACCUCGGCCGCCCAGGCCCUCGGCUACGUGGACAUCCGGACCCUGGCGGAGGGCACGUGUCGCUACGACCUCAACGAGGAAGACGUCGCCUGGCUGCGGGUCGUCAACGAGGAGUUCGCAAAGUUGGCCCUCCCGCCACUGGACGAAUUCGCCACGGAGCGAGCCUUGGAGGAGUUUGAGCGGCGUUGUCAUGACAACAUGACGCACGCUACCGAGACACAGGAGGGCCUGGGCAUCGAGUACGACGAGGACGUGGUGUGCGACGUGUGCCAGUCGCCCGACGGAGAGGACAACAACGAGAUGGUGUUCUGCGACAAGUGCAACAUCUGCGUCCACCAGGCAUGUUACGGCAUACAGAAAGUCCCAAAGGGCAGCUGGUUGUGUCGGAUCUGCGCCCUGGGUAUCCUGCCGAAGUGCCAGUUGUGCCCGAAGAAGGGCGGUGCCAUGAAGCCCACCCGCAGUGGAACCAAGUGGGUCCACGUCAGCUGUGCCUUGUGGAUCCCAGAGGUGAGCAUCGGGAACCCGGAGAAGAUGGAGCCGAUCACCAACGUGUCGCACAUUCCCAGCAACAGGUGGGCGCUCAACUGCUGCCUGUGUAAAGAGAAGAUGGGAGCCUGCAUCCAGUGCUCCGCCAAAAACUGCCGCAUCGCCUUCCACGUGACGUGCGGCCUCCACUCCGGCCUGGAGAUGACCACCGUCCUCACCCAGGACGACGAAGUCAAGUUCAAGUCCUACUGCCCCAAGCACUCGGGCCUCGAGGGCGGCGAUUCUGGGGAACAAGACUCCAGCGGCGAGGUAGAAAACGAGGAAGGCGUCGGGAGCAAGAAGGGCAAACGGCGAGGAAGGGUUAGAGGGGACGAGGAAGAGGACACCGCCGCCGCCCCAGCCCCCGGCCUCGUCUCGUUGUGCCUCGUUCGUCAACGCGACCCGCAGGAAAAGCGCGUCAACAUCCGCAAGAUGAAGCUGCAAGAGAUGGAGGAGGUCUUCUACCAGUUUGUGGACACCGAGGAAGUGGGCCGCCACCUCAAGAUGGCGCCCGAGACAGUGGACUUCUUGUACCAGUACUGGAAGCUGAAGCGCAAAGCCAACUUCAACCAGCCGCUGCUCACGCCCAAGAAGGACGAGGAGGACAGCCUGGCCAGACGUGAGCACGAGGUGCUGCUGAGACGCCUGCAGCUCUUCACGCACCUCCGCCAAGACCUGGAGAGGGUCCGCAACCUGACCUACAUGGUGACCCGGCGGGAGAAGAUGAAACGUUCCAUGUGGCGAGUUCAGGAGCAGAUCUUCCAGCACCAAGUCCAGCUCAUAGACCAAGAGCUGCUCAGCAGGAAUCCAUCGGAGCUGGAUCUGCAGAGUCUCUUCUCUACAGACCGCCUGAACUCUCCAAGGUCCCACACUCGGAGCCCAUGGAACCACUCUGAACACAAGACCAAACGACGAUCCAAGCAGGACAAAGGGAAAUCGCGUGAAAGGAAAGGACUCUCUGACUCACCGCCGGUAUCUAAGGAGGACACCAGAACCCUUGAGGCCAAACCCUCGCAGCUCAAUGAGUCGGAUCAGGACCCCCGGGCCCCAAACCACACUAACGACAACCUCGCGCUUCGGCACACAAAGUCCCCGAAGCAGGAGGUGACCGCUCAGGAAAGUGUUGGUGUCAAACUGCACAGGAAAACCGCCCGGAUGGAGGCCCCGGUGCCUGAACGGCGGAGAGAAAAACAACAGGAGCACGACGACCGGAAGCGAAAGCGUUGGACUGAAGUUUCAGAGACCUCCGCCGGAGCCCUGAAGGGCCGGUUCGGCUCUAAGGCUCUGGACAAAACCAUUUCCAUCCGCCUGGUAGACAUUAGAUCAUCGGACGCUGGAGAAACUAGAAGGAGGUCCGGAAAUUCUGACGUCAUCAACCACAGUAAGCUAAAGGACGCCCCUUUGGAUGUUCCCCGGGUGUCCAAUGGGUCCCUGAAAGGCUGGGGGAAGUUCCGGAUCCCAAAGCGCAGCGAGAAGAACGAGCCGGAACAAAGCAAACAAUUGCUGCGGCCGCUCACCUACACGCUUCCGCCGGGGCCCCAGCACCCUCGGACCAGGCUUCGUACGGGGGCCGAGAACGAGGGCGGCGGCCCUGAGGUGCUGGACCAGCCCUGCUUGAAACGAUGCCACACGCACCAGCUGAGGGGCGACGCUUCCCUUAGCCGACGCUACGGCUCCGACAUCAUCCGGCGUGGCGUCCUAGCGUCCUGACCAGGCGGGGUUGGGGGUGGAAUGACCUCUUAAUCUUUUUAGUUUUCUGGACAAAUCUGAAAAAACGUCUGACUAGAGCUGAUAUUUAUUUUUUACAUGUAACAUAAACUGGGAAAUAUUAGACUUAAUUUGAGACACUUUUCAUGUUGUGCCGCCGCCCCCCGAGGGACCACAAGCUGUCAUGAAUUAUUAUUAUUUUUUUUUUAAGUUGUAAAGGGAUGGAACAUUUCCAGGAAACUUCUGAAAGGUUUCUGAAUAAUGGGAAGUUAAAAUCGGGAAAUUUGGAAAUAUGUCCAACUGGAAACUUUCCCUGAAAAGAUGAUCAUAUUCAAACAUCCACUAGUACCUUAAUUAUUACUUCAAAACGUUUUCACUUGAGCACUGGUGUAUCGGAAGCUCGCUCGCAACUUAAAAUUUGCAGCAAAAAAUGAAUCCGGAGUAGAGUCGUAACGUUGUUCAAUUCCUGGUUUAUUCCCAUGGAAAGUUUCCAACUUUUGAAAUUCCUGUUGAAAGUUUCCAACCCUAGUCGAAAGUAUUGUGUUUUGCACGACGCAGGAAGUAACAGCGGCCUUUUUACGAUUGGCAUUUAGGAGAAGUUGGAUUUUCGCCGUUAGCACUUAAGUGUCAUUGAAUUAGCACCUGUGCCACGUGCCUCAUUUAGUUCAAUCGUUUGCACUACGACGGGCCGGCCAGUUAUUUUUACACUGAAGACAACAAAAAUAUUUUCUAUCCUUGGCCGCUGCUGUACUAUCGUUAUGCAAAAAUCGUUCUUGUUUUGGUUGUCUUUUGUCUGAAAGACAAAUAAAAAAAAUCUCUGGAGGAACGACAUCUGCGGCUUUGUUGGUUCUUAUUUCAGUGGUGCAAACAAACGGACAGAAGCCACGUUUUCAAGGGUCGUCCAAGCAGAUUCCUUCUCGCUAAUGGAUGGCGUGAAGACAAAUCUUUAGUUUUACGGCAAUUCAACACUUCAUUGGGAACCUGCACUAAAGCGAAACUUGACAAGAUCAGCUAGUCAUCUUAACACACGGGUAUGUUAUUUUAGGACUUGUAAUAUUAAACUUGGUGUAAAAGUAUGUUUUUGUGGAAUCAUUUCCUUGUACAGUGGGAGGAAAAAGUGUUUUACAUUUCUACCUAAUUUGGUCUUAAAAUGUGGUUUGAUCAUCUAAAUCCCAAGAGAAAAGAGGCUGCUUAAAGUGAUUCCACGCAAUUAUCUUUUCAUAAUGUAAACAUUCACAGGAUUUAAUAACUGGUUGACAUUUUGGCAGCAAUAAUCUUAUGCAAACAGUUCCUGCAGUUGCAGAUCUGACGAGCAGGAUGAAUUUUGGACCAUUCCAUUCCAAACCACACCCACAGUCUUUCUCAUUGAUUGGAGUCCAGGUUGGUUCCCACCUGACCUAUUCGCUCUUGGAGAAUCUAGCCGAGAGGUUCACUUGUGAAUGUUCCUAGAAUUUAUUCGUUUAAGCAGACGGUUUAUUCUUGUGAUUUAGAUGAUCAUACCUACAUUUUAUGGAAUGCAGACAUUUGAGAAAUUGCAAAGAGUUCACUUACAUUUUCCUCCCACUGUAGAGUCAACUAUUUUUGUAAAAUGAUGCACACAUUGUUCACGUAAUAAUUUUAUUGUAAAUUAGUGACUUGUACCCAUCAAAUUUUCUCAUCUGGAGGAACAAAGUUUGUCACAUUGGCUUUUAUUUGAUGGAAGGUAUCUGAAGUGGAACUUGUCUGAGGAAAAAAAAAGUGGACGCAAAUAUUUCAUUGAAAGCAUCCUUCCAUCAGACAAAAGGUUGCCACGUUUUCAUGACUCAACCUGCAGUCAAGCACCAAGUCCUUACAGACGAAAGCUGGCUUUGAAGAACUCGUGUAUUCGAGCAGUGAUUUUAGUAAUAAUGCAUGUUAUGUGACAAGUCAUAUUACCCUUUUUUCUUUUUUUUUUUACAUGAAUGUCAGAAUUCCCCACAGGAACCUGAAGGCAGCAGUUGGAAACAUACCAAAAUGCAAUUUGACAAGAUCGUCUUCAGUCCUCCAGCACGUUAUAUUCGGACUUCUUGUAAUACACAAACAUUGUCAUUUUCAUGCCGUAAGAUUAAAACAAAUCCCUUUUCAAUUCACA